GUGUAGAAUCUGUGGUCACGUGGUCUCCUGACGAUUUCCGUGUUUACUGGUCUGUGUCUGGUCGCAGUGCAGAACGCAGAGAAGAACGCAGAGCGGCGAUGGCUUCUCUAAAGACGCAAGAACGGACCAAAGAGAGGUUUUCUCUCUUGUUGCUGGAUCUGGAGGAGUUUUAUUUUGAACAGCACAUCGCCUACCACGUGACAAACAUUUCAAAAAAGGAGAGAAAAAGCAGAGGCUCGUUUAAGGUCUGUUCCAGAUCCAUCAUAUUUGAUCCUGAGGAUCUCACAGAGCCAAUUCUAAAGAUUCCUCUUCGAGACUGUAAGAAGAUUGAGUUUGUGCAGAAAGAGAACAACCCUUUCAAUGAGCCUCGACCAUCAGCCAUCUCUGUUUCAUGUGGACAGGUUAUUUACAUCAAAGAAAGCAACGUGAUCUCCCCUUACAGAAAUGAGAGGGGAUUAAAGAAAAUUAAUUUUCAACUGGAGGUUUGGACUAAAACAGAAGACGUCGUGCAAACGUUACUUCAGCUUCACAGAGCAUCGUGUCUGGAAAAGCUCGGAGACCAGACUGCAAUGAUUGCUGCUAAUUUACAAUCACGACUGGCGAGGUCUUCGUUUGACAAAAACAGUUUUCAGAACGUGGCCGAGAAGCCUCACAUGGAGUGUGAGGUGGAGAUGGUCACGCCUCUGGUGUCCAACCCCGGUCACGUCUGCAUCACGGAUGAAAACCUCUACUUCCAGCCGCUGAACGGAUUUCCAAAACACGUGAUUCAAAUCAAACUCCACCGAGUCAGGAGAAUCUACAAAAGACGACAUUGCCUCAGACCACUGGGUCUGGAGGUGUUCUGCACUGAGAACGACUUCUGCUCUGACAUCUACCUGAAGUUCUACCUUACCGCUGACAGAGAUGAAAUCUACUACUACAUCGCCACUUUCCUGGAGAACCACAUGACGGAGCACACAGCAGAGAGCUACAUGCUGCAGUGGCAGCGAGGUCAUCUCAGUAACUACCAGUAUCUCCUCCACCUCAACAACCUGGCGGACCGCAGCUGCAACGACCUCUCCCAGUAUCCCAUCUUCCCCUGGGUCAUCGACGACUACACCAGCUCACAGCUAGACAUGACGAACGCCGCCACAUUCAGGGACCUGAGCAAACCGGUGGGAGCUCUGAACAAAGAGCGUCUGGACCGACUGCUGGCUCGCUACAGAGGCAUGCCUGAACCUCGCUUCAUGUACGGCAGUCACUACUCCUCUCCAGGCUACGUCCUCUUCUACCUGGCCAGAGUUGCUCCGGAGCACAUGCUGUGUCUCCAGAACGGUCGCUACGACCACGCAGAUCGCAUGUUUAACAGCGUCGGUGAAACAUGGAGAAACUGCUUAGAGGGAGCAACUGACUUCAAAGAGCUGAUUCCAGAGUUUUACGGGGACGACUGCAGCUUCCUGGAAAACAGGAUGAGUCUGGAUUUGGGCAGGAGGCAGAAUGGAAGCUUAGUCGGGGAUGUCGCUCUCCCAUCGUGGGCCUCAGAUGCUGGUGAUUUUCUCCAGAAGCACAGGACGGCACUGGAGAGUCAGUACGUGUCAGAGCAGCUGCACGAGUGGAUUGACCUGGUGUUUGGCUUCAGACAGAGGGGCGGCGAAGCUGUGGCAGCUCACAAUGUAUUUCACCCUCUGACCUACGAAGGCGGCAUCGACUGUGACAGCAUCGAGGACCCCGACGAGAGGAUCGCCAUGCUGACACAGAUCCUGGAGUUUGGUCAGACGCCCACGCAGCUGUUCAGCAGCCCCCACCCUCAGAGGAUCACGCCACGGUUUCACAACAUCACCCGGAGCUCCAGCAUCAACUCACCAGUCAGUGAACUGUCUCCAUCCUCUCAGAGCGAGGACUCAUCCUUCGAGGACCUGACUGAGGAGAGCAGGAAGAUGGCCUGGACAAGCAUGGGCACCCUGACCCAGGUCUCCAGCCACAAGAUCCAUAAAGAGGCUGUGACGGGCAUUGCAGUGACCCGAGACGGAGCCGCCAUUUUCUCCACAUCCCAAGACUCAUCUCUGAAGAUGUUUUCCAAAGAGCUGAAGGAGUUCCAGAGAAGCAUGUCCUUCUCAAACAUGGCCUUGUCGUCAUGCUUGAUGCUGGCAGACGGUAAAACUGUGGCGUGCUCUUCAUGGGACAACAAUGUUUAUUUCUACUCCAUCCCGUAUGGCAGGCGGCAGGACACACUGAUGGGUCAUGAUGACGCGGUCAGUGAAAUGUGUUGGUAUGACGACCGACUGUACACGGCGUCGUGGGAUUCCACUGUCAAGGUUUGGCAGUGUGUGUGUGACAGCUCCUCCAGUCACAAGAGAUCCCAGUUUGAGCUGCUGGCUGAGCUGGAACAUGAUACCGGGGUGAACGCCGCAGGUCUGAAUCCAGCGGGGACUCUGUUGGUGACGGGCUGUAAGGACGGAGCCGUCACCAUCUGGGACACGAGCAGCUACGAAACACUGCAGCAGAUCCACUGUCACACAGGAACCAUCCACCACGCGGCCUUCAGUCCUGACAGUCGACACAUCCUCAGCAUCGGAGCCGACUCCUGCAUGAAGGUUAUCGAUGUCCAGACAGGAAUGGUGAUCUCAACGGUGAAAGCAGAGGAGGAGCAGAGGUGUUUCUGCUGGGACGGGAACUCUGUGCUGUGCGGGGGGCAGUCAGGUGACCUCCUGCUGUGGGACCUGCUCAGCAACACAGUCACCAAGAAGAUCGCCGCACACUCAGGUGCUGUCACGGCGAUGUGGAUGAACGAUUUGUGCAGCACGGUGAUCACAGGGGGGGAGGACAGACAGAUGAUCUUCUGGAAGCUCCCGAGUUAAACAUCGUGUUCCUGCACAAAUCUAUCACGGAGAUAAAGACUUCCUGUGCAACAGGCCAAGUAUCCUGCAGACUCACUGACUCUGAACAGACUCAUGACGGAGCUGGACUGUAAAUCUACAGUAUCGCAGAGCAGGGGGAGUAGCUGACACGUCUUUGUCAACUGUUCUCAAUCCCAAACCGGAUUAUAGGUCACGUUAUUUACCAGGUCUGUCUGCAUAUUGAGAGAAAAUGUCCAACUGCAGUUUUGUGCAUGAGGAGGAAACUAUGUAGUGUAUAUGCCUUAUGUUUCAGCCUAUUCUACAUUUGUGUGGAUUUUUCCAUUUGCUCUAUACCAUGUUACGCUGCUGUUGUUGUUUUUUUUAUCAGUGAUCCUGUUUCUGUAGCUUUAUGUGCAUUUUAUUGUUGUAAUGUGGCCUCACAGUUAGAGAGCUUCAUGAUACUCAGGUGUUGUUGUUAAAAGAUGCUUACCUCUAAAAAUACACAAAUCCUAAGCCUCAGAGAUUCAGGCAGUUUGUUUCCUUAAGUGCUUCAGGAAGAGAUGUAUUGGUAAUUAUUAGGUAUUAUUAAUAGACACCAAACCAUGAGUAUACAGUAUUAGCUAUUUAACCAGGUGACUUAUUAGAAUCACGUGGCAAUAAUCCAGGAACAGAGGAAAAGACCCCAAAUAAAUGUGCGUUUUACGUGGACAUGAAA